CACCCCUUGCGCCCUACGCUCGCAAUCCGAAGGGAGUGCGCGUUCACUUCCUGUCAUUCCUCUGACGGCUUGGUUGGAGUGGUGACGUAAGAGGCAACAUGGCGAGCUAUCAGUAUGGUCAGGGAUAUCCUGGAUCAGCAGGACAGGUUCCAGGUGCAGCACAAGGGGGCUACUAUGCUGGGCAGUAUGGUGGAGGAGACCAGCCAGGUUAUGGAGCCCCCGCACCUGGUGCACCUUAUGGAGCUGCAUCACAAGGAGGACCCUACAGACAUCCUGGCCAAGGUGGAGCUGCACCAGUUGCUCCUGGCGGUUCAUAUGGGGGACAAGCACCCGGGGGAGCCUAUGUGAUUCCUGGAUCCAGCCCUUAUGGGGGAGCUCCGCCAGGUAACAUACCUCCAGGCGUUGACCCAGAAGCUUUCUCCUGGUUCCAGACGGUUGACGCAGACCGCAGCGGCUUUAUAACCUUAAAAGAGCUGAAGCAAGCACUGGUGAACUCAAACUGGUCAUCAUUUAAUGACGAGACCUGCACCAUGAUGAUCAACAUGUUUGAUAAGACUGGAUCUGGUCGAAUAGACCUGUUUGGUUUUUCGGCUUUGUGGCGGUUUAUUCAGCAGUGGAGAAACAUGUUUCAGCAAUAUGACAGAGACCAAUCGGGCUGCAUCAACCAUGGAGAAUUUCAUCAAGCUAUUUGCCAGAUGGGCUACAACCUAAGCCCACAACUUGUACAGAUUGUGUUGUCGCGAUACACUUCAAGAUCCACUAACCACACCCUGCAGCUUGACCGCUUCAUCCAAAUUUGCACCCAGUUGCAGAUCAUGACAGAGGCCUUUGCAGAGAAGGAUACCGGGCGGACGGGCAGUGCCAGGCUAAGUUAUGAAGACUUCCUUACCAUGACCGCAGCGCGACUCCUUUAACAUCGAACACUGCUUCCUCCUCGGCUUUCCAUCACCCGUUGUUUGAAAUGAAACCGCGCUCGGCGGUUGCGUGUAAUAUUUAAACUUAAAUAAAAAAACUAGUAACUCUUGACAUCUAGCACAGAAACCCUAGUGUAGGCUCCCCCAGUUCAUGAGGUCAUCUUCCCAAUAUGUAACAGGUCAUCACUUUGCAGGUGGGCAGCUGCACACCAUCAUAAAUACCGUGUAUCAUUUAAAUCGUAAUCCUUUUGCAAAUGACAUUCCCCACUAGGGGGAGGUAUGGUUCUAUCAAUAUUGCAUACUCAACAUCUUUUACUUUGGGUGCUGUUCUUUAUUUUGUGUAUAAUGUUACCGGGACAGAAAUCAUUUCGUUUGCCAAAUCGUUUAUUGUCCAAUGACAAUUACUUUUGUAAUUGAGAAUAUAUUGGGGAAAGCCUACAUGCUGUUUUCAGAUGCAUUUUGUUUAAUUCUGUACUAGGCAGCUGUCUAUUCCAUCUAAAGUAAUGACUGUUGAUAUUUUGAAAUGACUAUUGUAAAAAAGAAAAAGUGAAGCUUAAGUGCAAUUUGACCUUGAAUCUUUGUACUUUUUUUAAACUUUUGUAGUUUGGAUUGCAUGGUUCGAGAGUAAAACAUAAAUGCCAUUACAUUUCCUCCCUUUAAAGGGGAGCACCCAUAGCAUUGGAUUAAAAAUACACGUUCAAAGAUAAUGUUAUGUUUUUUUUUUUUUUUUUAUAAAACGGUUCUGUUUUUGCAAGAUAUAAUAAACAUUUGUAUGUGUUCUA